CACUGCAUCAGCUGUUGCAAGUUUCACACGCUGGCUUAUUACUGCGGUAAAUUGUGUGGAAAAAAACUUUAAAAACAUCGGACUAGAAAAUGGCACCGCCUGCAGCACGGGCGCGUUACAAUGCCAAUAAGGCUGACAACCAGAUACUCACCAAGAAACCACCGAAACGAUUAAAUGGCAACAAAGACAUUGCCGGCGACAUCGUAGCCGGCAACAAAAAAGAGAAGAAGAAGAACAAACAAUCGACGUCCGCUGCGAACUCCGCGGAAAAGACACAGUCUAGCCCCAAUCCCAUUAUGCCCAGCGUCCACACUGCCUUCAAGACAUUCGUGAGCGCGCGCCUUUGCAGCGCCAUUUGGGCGUACAUUUCUGACUGUGAUGAGACUUUCAACUACUGGGAACCGUUGCAUUACAUAAUUAAUGGACAUGGUUUGCAGACCUGGGAGUAUAGUCCGCAAUUUGGGUUACGCUCCUAUACAUAUCUACUCCUGCAAGGUGUGCCCGGUUGGAUCUAUCAAAAGCUGUUUAAUCCGAGUCCCAUUCUCAUCUUCUACAUGGUACGAUGCAUGUUGGGCUUUGGCUGUGCGGUCAUGGAGCGCUUCAUGUACAAAUCCAUAUGCCAGGAGUUUGGCAUACAUGUUGGACGUCUGUGGCUUAUUUUCCAGCUGUUUAGCGUGGGCAUGUUUGUAUCCAGCACCGCACUGUUGCCCUCCUCGUUCUCCAUGUAUUUUGGCUGCUCUGCUUUGGCCGCCUGGUGGCAGCAACGCUAUAGUUUGGCCAUCUUUUUUACGGCCAUUUCGGCGCUGCUGGGCUGGCCAUUUGCGGCGUUAAUUGGUGUACCGCUGGUGUUGGAGCUGCUGCUACGCCAGCGCGACUGGCGUACUUUUGUACAGUGGACGUUGAUAUCCGGCGCAACCAUUGCACUGCCCAUGAUUGCCAUUGAUACAAGUUACUUUGGCAAACUGACUUUUGCGCCGCUCAACAUUGUCUGGUAUAAUGUGUUCACUAGCCACGGGCCCAAUAUCUUUGGCACCGAACCUCUGAGCUACUACAUCGUCAAUGGUUUCCUGAAUUUUAAUAUUAUUUGGCUGUUGGCCCUGCAACUGCCCAUAAUGCUGGUCAUGGACUAUCUAAUUGUUCCCGCCAAAUUCAAGUCGACGCUUAAUUUUCCGCGCUAUAUAUCACUGGCGCCCCUCUAUCUUUGGUUGUUGGUGUUCUUUGCACAGCCGCAUAAGGAGGAGCGCUUUCUGUUUCCGGUAUAUCCGCUGAUCUCAUUGUGCGGCGCCAUUACAGUAGACGUUUAUCAGCGCAUCUAUUUCCGCAUCAAGUCGCUUAUCUUUAAAAUCAAGUCGGGAAUUCACUAUUUGGAUCACAGCAUGUUCAUUGCCAUUAUCGUAAUGGUGACCAGCACUUUGCUGGGCCUUUCGCGCGUCUUUGCGCUUUAUCGCAACUAUCAUGCGCCAAUGGAUCUGAUGCUGGAGCUCAACCAGUUUAAGACAACGCCACAAUAUCGUGCAGAUGAAAUUUAUAAUGUAUGCGUUGGCAAGGACUGGUAUCGGUAUCCGGGCAGCUUCUUUUUCCCAGCUCGCAAUUUCCGUUUGCGUUUCCUCAAAUCCGAAUUCCAAGGCAUGUUGCCUGCCUACUAUGUGAACGGCCCGAAUGCCACCAAGGUGGUCAAUCCGUAUUUUAAUGACCAGAAUUUGGAGAACGAGCACAUGUACUUCGAUUACGACCAGUGUCAUUUUCUAAUGGACUUUGAUGAGGGCAAAUAUACAACACUGGAGCCGAGCUAUUCCAGACGCACAAAGGACUGGUCCAUUAUGAAGACUCUGCCCUUCCUCAUACCGGAAAAAUCACACAAAGUGCUACGCGCCUUCUAUGUGCCAUUCGUCACCGACAAUCACAUAAAAUACGGCGAUUUCAAUCUACUUAAGCGCAAAAAGUCGCGCAAUGGUAGCUAGAAGCAGGAGUAACACGAGGCCAACCCAUGACCAUGCAAUCCAAAGCAAUUUUUAAAUGCAGCUGUAAUUAAAGAAAUUAAUAUUUAAUUUAUAAAACCCAAAUAAGUAUUGGUUGUGUUCCUUUCUGUUUCCUGUUUUGUAUUUGAUGCAAGUGAAAAAGUCUUUUAAAAUUACCUGAUUUUAGUUUGUAAGUUCAUCACCGAAUUGUUUAACUAAAUUUGCCCAUUAUUCGUUUUUCUAUUUUAAUCAAGCCAAAGCUGUAAACAUUAUGCUGAAUCGAACUAGAGUUUAAGAUCAACGAAAAUAAAAGCAAUGAGAUUUUUAAGGUA